UCUCUAAUAUCUUUCCUUUCAUUAAUUAAUCACUCUCUGUAAGAUCAGAGAAAAAACCUAACCCUAAAAAACACAAAAACAAAAAAAAGUUACAGAGGGGGAGAAGAAAGACAGAGAUUUUCGCUUUUGUUUUUCUUCUUCUGAUUAUUUCAUCUUAUUUGAUUAACUUGAAGCAUAUAUACAGAGGGGUUUUUGGAAAUGGCUGCUACUCCUACAAUGCCAGCCAGUCAGACUUCACCACCCCCUUCUUCUACAAACGCAUCAGCAACUAUUCAAGUUCCUGCAUCACUUUAUGUUGGUGAUCUGCAUUUCGAUGUGACUGAUUCACAUUUGGAUGAGUUAUUCUCUAGGUUGAAGAAUUUCGCUUCCGCUCGGGUUUGUAGAGACUCUGCAACUGGACGAUCUCUUGGUUAUGGUUAUGCUAAUUUCAUUACUCCUGACGAUGCAAUUCGGGCAAUUGAGAAGACAAAUCACACUUUACUGAACGGGAAAUCGAUAAGGGUUAUGUGGUCUAAUCGUGAUGCAGAAGUCAGAAAGAGUGGGAUUGGUAAUUUGUUUGUCAAGAACUUGAAUGAUUCAAUUGAUAAUGUGAGGCUUCAAGAGGUGUUUUCGGAGUUUGGUAACAUUAUGUCUUGCAAAGUUGCAAUGUCCCAAGAUGGGAAGAGCAAAGGAUAUGGCUUUGUUCAGUUUGAGUCAGAGGAAUCCGCAAAUCAGGCCCUUGAAAAGCUUAAUGGCUCCACUGUUGAAGGAAAACAAAUAUAUGUUGCCACCUUUGUGAAGAAAAGUGAUAGGGCUUUACCAAGCCCUGAUUCUAACUAUACUAACUUAUACAUGAAGAAUCUGGAUCUUGAAUUGACAGAAGAACAACUCCAGGAGAAGUUCUCUGUGUUUGGGAAAAUUACUAACUUGAUUGUUACCAAGGACAACAAUGGGAAGUCAAAGGGUUUUGGAUUUGUCAACUUUGAAAUCCCUGAAGAUGCAAAACGGGCAACAGAGGCGAUGAAUGGAACACAACUAGGUUCAAAGGUCAUAUAUGUCGGACGUGCACAAAAGCGAUCAGAGAGAGACCAAAUUUUACGUCGCCAGUACGAGGAAAAGCGCAAGGAGCAAAUCCAAAAAUAUAAGGGUUCAAAUGUAUAUGUUAAGAAUAUCGAAGAUGGAGUUGAUGAGGAUGAACUCCGUGAACAUUUUAGCCAGUGUGGCACAAUUACUUCUGUAAAGCUGAUGCGUGAUGAUAAGGGAAUAUGUAGAGGCUUUGGAUUUGUUUGCUACUCUACUCCCGAGGAAGCCAACAAAGCAGUAAGCACCUUCCAUGGAUACAUGUUUCACCACAAGCCUCUUUACGUUGCCAUUGCUCAACGGAAAGAGGACAGACAAGCACAAUUGCAGCUGCAAUAUGGGCAGAGAAUGGCAGGAUUAGCAGGAUCCUCAGCUGCUGUUAUACCUGCUGGAUAUUCUCCUCUAUACUACACACCUCCUGGUGUUAUUCCACAAAUGCCUCCAAGACAGGGGCUAAUGUAUCAACCUUUAGGUAUGAGACCAGGAUGGAGGGCCAAUGGAUUUCUUCCUACUGCCAGACCAACAUUCCAGCCUGUGCCACUUCACAUGAUGCCAGGCGCUCCUAGACCGCACAGGCACAACAGGGGUAGGAUGACAGGGCCUAUGUAUUCUCCGGCUGGUGUCCCAUUUAGGCCACAUUUACAACACCAACCCACUCAAGCAACGAAUUCAAUGAAAGACUCGAAUAAUCCCCAGCGGCCUGGUCAGGCCAAAUAUGUACCAAACGGGCGGCAGCAUGAGAGGAGCAAUGGAUCUGCUGCUUCUGAUGCUGGUUCACAGGGUGGAUUGGAAAUGUUGAGUAGCAUGCUUGCUGCUGCUUCCCCUCAGCACCAAAAACAGAUACUUGGGGAGUAUCUCUUCCCACUCGUCCAGAACCUUGAGCAUGAACUUGCAGCAAAAAUAACUGGAAUGCUACUUGAGAUGGACAACUCAGAAUUGUUACUAUUAUUGGAAUCGCCAGAGUCAUUGGCAGCUAAAGUGGAUGAGGCAGUACAAGUGCUCAAGCUCUCCAAGGCAAAAGCAGCUGCUGGUAAUGGUCAAGAAGUCAUACAUUCCAAUAAUUUUUUAUCCACUGAGGUUGCGGUCAAUUAAACACGAUUGAGUGCCGCCCACCUGCCUGCAAUUGGAUUUUUGGGGUGGACAUAUGAGGCGUGAAUUUUUUACAGUACACGAUUGGAAUUUAAAAAAACCUUUUACAAGAAUUUUUGAUAGUACACCAUUGGAAUUUACAAACUUUCUGAACUCUUUUUUAUUUUAUUUUUUCUCCUGUUAGGAUUGUCUUUCUAGUUCAUUUAUUAGACUUGGACGAUAUAUAUAUAGAGCGAUAAAGAGAGCAUUUUGCUUGUAUUCAUGUUUUUGCUCUCUUGGGGUCUGAUCUGAUUCAGAAUUGAGGAUGAUGUUUUUAAGUUUUUUGAUAUUGAGUUGAUAGUGAAGAUGACAUUCUUUUUCUUACA